AUGAGUCAACCAACAGGACGCUACAUUGAGCCCGUGGCCAUCUGCGGAAUGGCCAUGCGUCUUCCAGGCGGCGUCAAGACUCCUGAAGACUAUUGGGAUGUAUUGUACCAUGGCAAGGACCAAAGGUCCCCGGUACCUAUCUCCCGAUACAACAUUAAGGGAUUCAACAGCGAUAUGGGCAAGACGAACACCGUCUAUCAAGAUCAUGCCUACUUCCUGGAAGAUGACCUAGCUGCCUUUGACGCUGGUCUAUUCACAAUGACCAGGAACGAACUAGAGAAGGCUGACCCGCAACAACGUCUUCUCCUGCUCGUUGUCCGUGAGUGCCUGGAGAGUGCUGGUGUAACUGACUACCGGGGUAGUCUUACAGGCUUCUUCGUUGGUACAUUUUCAGAGGAUUGGUUACAGACACAAUCCAAAGAAGAAAUGCACCCUACUGGAUAUGUUCUUACAGGUCAUCUCGACCCGAUGCUGGCAAAUCGGGUUGCCUUCGAGUAUGAUCUUCGUGGCCCUGCCUUUGUCAUCAAGACAGCAUGUUCUUCCUCCAUGAUUGCGCUUCACAAUGCAGUUCGAUCUGUUCAGAACCGUGACUGCAAUGCUGCAAUUGUGUCUGGAUCCAACUUGAACAUGACACCCAUAACCACUGCUUCUAUGACACAGGAGGGAAUUAUGUCCCCUGAGGGUUCGUGCAAGACCUUCGACGCACGUGCUGAUGGGUAUGGACGUGGUGAAGCAGUGAAUGCUAUCUACAUUAAGCCGUUAUCUGAUGCCAUCCGAGACGGCAACCCAAUCAGGGCAGUCAUCCGGAACACUGGUGUCAACCAGGAUGGCCAAAGCACUGGUCUAUUCGCUACCAGUAUCGUGGCGCAAGAGGCGCUAAUGAGAAAAGCAUAUGUCGAUGCGGGUCUGGACCCGGCUGAGACUGCUAUGGUUGAGUGUCACGGAACCGGAACUCCAGUGGGAGACCCCGUCGAGGCGAUCUCUGUUGGAAAUGUCUUUGGCCAGCCCAAUGGUAUCUACAUUGGAUCUGUCAAGCCUAACCUUGGUCACUCCGAGGCCUCAGCGGGUAUCUCGAGUUUGAUGAAGGCCGUUUUGGCCUUGGAGCACAAGAUUAUCCCUCCCAACAUCAAGUUCGAGGUUCCUAACCCUAGAAUUCCUUUCGAGGAGAAGAAGAUUUCUAUUCCCGUGAAGCCUAUGCCAUGGCCUAAAGGGAAGGCACACAGAAUCAGUGUCAACUCCUUUGGUAUCGGUGGUACCAAUGCCCACGUUAUCGUCGAAUCCGCCGAGCAAUACCUCAAGGAUUUCACCAAGUCUCGGUUCGGUGCCGAGCUUGCUCUUGUCUCCGCCAACUCUCAGGAUUCUCUGAAGGCUGGAAUUGAGAACCUCAAGCAAUACGUUUCAAACAACUCCGAUCGUCUACCUGAUAUUGGAUAUACCCUUGCUCGACGCAGGGAGCAUUUCAAAUGGAGGUCAUUUUCCGUCAUCUCUGAUGCGGCUGCGGCGACUUUCGCUCCCCCUAGCAACAAGCCCGCUAAGAAGCCUACUGUUGUCAUGGUAUUCAGCGGACAGGGUGCGCAAUGGCCACAGAUGGGUUACGACUUGAUUAACUCGUACCCCGGAUUCAAGGAAGAUGUUAUUGCAAUGGAUGACAUCCUACAGAGCCUGGGCGAUCGCAAGCCCACAUGGAGGGCUAUUGAGGAGUUGAGCAAGCCCGCUGGUGAGAGUCAGUUGGGUCGUGCUGAGCUGGCCCAGCCUCUAUCCACAGUUGUUCAAAUUGGUAUUGUUAAUGCGUUGAGGCGUCUUGGUGUCCGCCCGCAGGCCGUGGUGGGCCACUCCAGUGGUGAAAUUGCUGCUGCUUAUGCUGCGGAGGCACUUACACUACGCGAAGCUGUUACUUCGGCUUGGUACCGUGGCCACGUUUCUAAGGGGUCCACUACUCCUGGUGGAAUGGCUGCCAUCGGUUUGGGUGCUGAGGAGACACGAAAGCUCCUCCCUGAGCGAGUCGUCGUUGCCUGCGAAAACAGCCCUUCAAGCACGACCAUCUCAGGUGAUGUUGAUCAGCUACAGACGGCCUUGUUUAACAUCAAGGCUGCUCUGCCCGAUGCUUUCGCCCGCGCUCUCAAGGUGGAGAUGGCUUACCACUCCCACCACAUGGUAGCCCUGUCGGACGCGUAUAAGACAUGCUUGAACGAUGAGUUCACCAACUUCGCCCAGGACCGAGAGACACUUGAAGUUCCUCUCUUCUCUAGUCUGAGGGCCAAGAAGAUCACAGACGUCAAAGAAUUUGGACCGCAAUACUGGGUCGACAACUUGACAUCCCCUGUCCUUUUCAACUCUGCUGUCCAGAUCAUCACAGAGGAAGUCAAGAACCCUCUUUUCCUCGAAAUCGGUCCUCACUCUACCCUCCAGGGACCCAUCCGUGAGAUUUGCGCCAGCCGCAACGCGAAGUUCGAGUAUGUCCCGACCAUGCUCAGGAACAAGAACUCCACGCAGUCCUUCCUUUCUGCAGUGGGACAGCUUUACCAGCAAGACGUCACCGUCGACUUCGCUUCUCUGUACCCAACUGGCCAGGUUGUUACCAGCAUUCCCAAGUACCCCUGGUCUCUAAAGGAGACAUACUGGUAUGAACCAAGAAUAUCUAAGGAGUGGCGUCUUCGUCCGUAUGGUCAUCACGAGCUUCUCGGCCGCAAGGUUGCUGAAAGCACCACGCUUAACCCUUCUUGGAGAUUGAUACUUGUUCCUGACCACGUCCCAUGGAUCACUGACCACAAGGUCCGUGAAGACACCGUUGUUCCUUUCGCUGGUUACGUGAGCAUCGCAGGUGAGGCUAUUCGGCAAUUCACCGGUGUCCAGACAGGAUACGGCAUCAAGAACACCCGAGUCACCACAGCGUUGGUUCUCGGUGAGACACCAAAGGAGAUCUACACCUCGCUCCGACCGAUCUCAGGAUCUGACUACUUUGAGUUCAUCAUCGCAUCUCACAAUGGAACGACCUGGAUUACCCACUGUGAGGGAUUGGUUAAGGCUAUUGACAGUGAAGCGCCAGCAGCUGAGCAACUAGCUGAACUUCCUCGAACAGCUGAUGCGACCAGAUGGUUCGACACCUUUGCUAAGGUUGGCUUCAACUAUGGCCCCAAGUUCCAGCUCCUAAGCGACUUGUCUGCCGCUACAACCACCGACGCUGCAGCUGCAUCGGUCAACACGACUGAGGAGAUCAUGAAGGGACCAUUCCUCUUCCACCCCACUACUAUGGAUGCUUGCUUGCAACUUUCCAUCAUUGCUGGAUCAAAGGGUCUGCCGCGUAAUUACACCGAGCUUAAGGUGCCUACCGAGAUUGAAGAGCUAGAGGUUUACCGUGGAGCACCAUCGAUGCGAGCUGUGGCUCAGAGCACGGCCGACGGCUCAGCUAUGAAUGUUGACUGUGUGGCGGAUGGCAAAACUCUUCUGCGCAUCCGUGGUCUUCGCUUCACACUCCUCCCUGACGAGGAUGCUGGUCCUAAGCACCACACCGAUGGUGCCUACCUUGAAUGGCGCCCUGACUUCGACUUCAGGGAUGAAGCCUCUACUCUCGUGAAGCCCCCAUCUGAUGAGGCUUCCACCCGCCUUUUGGAAGAAUAUACUCUCUUGUCUAUCCUGGAUUCCGCUGAGCGUAUCAAGGGCAAGACAGCCACCAACGGCCACUUCGAGAAGUACGGAAAGUGGAUCUCUCUUAAGGCUGACGCUGCCGCCAGCGGCAAGUCGCCAGUUCUUGGAGAUAUUUCCAACUUCCUUUCCCUGUCUAGCAGCGAGAGGGCUAGCCUGAUUGCUGACAAGUAUGCUCAACUGAGCAAGAUCCCCUCGAGGGCUGCUUAUGCCAAUGACAUCCUCUCCAAUGUUUACACUGCCAUCAACUUCGACUAUGCCGGAUACGUCAGCGCUUUGUCGAACUCUCGACCCGCUCUUAAAAUCCUCGAGAUUGGUGCCGGAGCAGGUGGUACUACUGAAACCAUCUUGUCCCAGGUCGUCCAGGAUGGCAAACUCCCUCCCUUCUCUGUGUACACAUACAGCGACGUUUCGCCUGGUUUCUUCCCUCAGGCUCGUGAGCGUUUCGCCAAUGCGCCCAACCUAGAGUACAAGGUCUUUGAUGUUAGCAAGGACCCUCUCGCACAGGGUCUUGAGGCUCACUCAUACGAUCUUAUCCUAGCACCCUAUGUUGUCCACGCAACUCCUUUCCUCAAGGAGACCUUGAAGAACCUCAACGCGGUGCUGAAGCCGGAUGGCCGACUUUUGCUCUCUGAGCCUGCAACCAUUGGAAGCUCGCCCAACUUCAUCUUCGGAACCUUCUCAUCGUGGUGGUCUGGCGAGGCUGAUGGCCGUGAGUGGGAGCCCUUCGUAUCCAACGCCCGUUGGGACGAAGACCUCAAGUCUGCUGGAUUCACUGGCGCAGACAAUGUUGUCUACGACGCACCACUACCAUUCCGAUACUGGUCUACCAUUAUCACACAACCCAAGACUGCUUCCAGCGAGAAGACCGCUCCUGUCGUCUUAGUAACUGAGAACAGUGAGAGCAAGCUAACCUCCGAGCUGGCUGAUGGAUUGUCCAAGUAUGGCAUUGAUGUUGUCAAGAAGGGUCUUUCGGAAGACGUCGCCAACGAGCACAACGUUAUCUUCGCUCUUGACCUUGAGAGGCCAUUCUUCGAGGACAUCUCUUCCGAGAACUGGACCAUCUUCAAGAAUCUACUCAAGAAUGCCGAAUCGAUCUCGUCACGAAAGUUGCUCUGGCUACUCCCUCCUGCGCAGAAGAACACCAAGAACCCCAAGUCCGGUCUAUCAAUUGGUCUCCUCCGAUCCAUUCGUGCGGAACUCGACUUGUCUCUGACCACUUUGGAGGUCGACCCGGCUGAGUCUGACUUGGCUAGCUACGUCGCUAAUGUCUUCGGCAAGGUUGUUGAAGAGGACCUCUCCCAGCCUCUGCUCCCCGACAGGGAGUUCUUGGUCGAGAACGGCACAAUCAACGUUGGCCGAUACCUACCUUUCUCUAUCUCUUCUGAGGUAUCAAGCAAGGCGCAAAAUGGCGCUUCUGGCGAAUUGAGCUUCGACCCUGAAGCUUCUUACAUUAUCACCGGUGGUCUCGGUGGUCUUGGAAAGGCUAUUUCCUCAUGGAUGGCUGAGCGCGGUGCUCGUUACAUCACCGCGAUCUCCAGGUCCGCCGGUCGCUCCGCCGAGGACAAGGCAUUCAUUGCUGAGCUGAAGAGCCAAGGAUGUGUCCUCACUCCAGUUGCUGGACCUAUCCAAGACUUCGAGCUUGUCAAGUCUGCUGUUGCGCAAUCUCCUAAGCCUGUCAAGGGUGUUAUUCACUUGGCCAUGGUUCUUCGGGACGCUCUUUUCCCUGAGAUGACACACCAAGAGUGGACUGAGGGUCUCUCGCCCAAGGUCGAUGGUGCCUGGAACCUCCACAACGCUCUGAAGGAUGCAUCGCUAGACUUCUUCGUUGUCACCAGUUCUAUCGUCGCUACAAUCAACGUCCCCGGUCAGGCUAACUACAACGCCGCCAACACUUUCUUGGAGGCUUUCACCCAGUACCGAAACGGACAGGGUCUUGCCGCAUCUGCCAUCGCUGUCAGCCCUAUUGACGACAUUGGUGUCGUCGUUGGCAACGACAAGGCUCGUCGCAACCUCCGCUCCAACGGUCUUCAGUUCCUUACUGAGCGUGAAGUCCUCGAGUACAUUCACCUCGGCAUCCUGCACCGUGGCCCCUCACCCAUUAUCAUGGGUCUUCACUCCGAUACUCACUUGGAAGACUCUGGCAACCACGUGGCUUGGAAGAAGGACCGCCGCAUGGGUCUUUACCACAACAUCCCCAAGGAAGACAACGCCGACAGUGGCUCAGGCGAAGGCGAUGGUUUCCGCGAGUUCCUCGCCAGCGUCACCGCCAACCCCAGCGAGCUCGACAAGCCCGAGAGCGCCGAAUUCCUUGCUGCUGGAAAUUGGCAAGCGCGUCUACUCAUUCAUGCUUAA